CACGCAAUGAAUAAAUAAACAAAGAAACAUUUAUUAAACAGCACUUUCCGGGCAAAUGCUUCUUGAAACAGGCAAUUUAAGAACAAAGUAUGAAUAAUGUGAACUUCUAAUGUUAAAACUACCAAACCUGUCUGAAGGUGAUACAAAUCCCUAAACUGUUUUUACAUUACUACUAAUACAAAAUUAAAAUCUUUAACGCAGUUUUCAUUUUAAGUUAAAAGCAUGAAAAGCUCAUACAAUUUGUUUUUAUUUUACUGAGAUGUUUAACGAUUAUCGUAAGAUAACGUACGCAUUCUGAGUUUAUGGAGCAUUGGAUGCUUUUACUUUGAAAAUACUGACAGGAAGUCAUGUCAUUUGUUGUGUCUAAGUUGACACUCGCUGCGCGUGGUGUCUGUGGCUGCUUAUGAAAACACAAUAAGCCUGGUAAACUGUGACAGAAGGUGUCGCGGUGUCGGCUCCGGUGCAGAGAGGACAGAACCCGGUCCGGUCCGGUCCGGUUGGGCUUCAGGAAGUGUCCACCCGGCCUUCACUCAGCCUUACCCGGCAUGUGGACCUCCGCUGUUCUCCUUGAAUGACCUACACGGCUCCUUGAUACAAGGGGAAAGUCCAGGUGAAGGCUUCACACUCCCACAGAUGACUCUGGUUUCUGAGCGCAGGUCUCGUGACGGAGUCAGGCCGAGUCUGGAGCCGCUGAACCUGGGCAACACACUGAGGCACGCUGCGUCAAACAGAACCGACUGGAAGUUCAGUUCCGAAUCAAUGUUCGGACCCGGUUCUCAGCCCUGACAGAACCUCCAGCAGCUCCUGACCUUGCAUGAUGUACACAAUCACCAGAGGUCCCAGCAAACUGGUUACACAACGGAGGACAGGUCCAACACAGCAGGUCGAGAGCAAAUUCAGCGACUUGAAACUCAAACCGACGACUUGGCUCACAUCAAGCUGUCCUCCCCCAAAGAUCGUGUUCAACCGUCUCAACGGGAAACGUCACAGCGGCUCAGCUGCACAGAAGACCCCGACCCCGGCAGAGGGAUUCACACUUUCACACCAGGAGAAUGUCAGAUUCGUGUACGAAGUGUGGCAGGAGGUCGAGCAGAAGCUGGAGGACAAGGACAGAGGGGAGUCAGCUGACCGCCAAGGACCAGUUCAGUACACUGAGAAGACCCCCAGUGCUGUGAAUAAAAACUUUGUGCCUAUAGACCUGGAGGAGUGGUGGGCUCAGCGCUUCCUCGCCAACCUGUCAUAACCAGCAGGAAGCCUGGUGGCGGUACUGGAGACGGGCUCGUCUCUACAAUAAGUCAGGCUCUGACUGCAGGCCGUGUGCUUCAGCUGCWGCUGGUGGACGACACCAAGUCAGCAGCAACGACCUGACUGAACUCUCACAGCACUGACUUGGUGCUGUGCUGCAUUUAAGGACUCCUCACGACUUGAAUGACACACGAGGAGGUCAGAGGUUGUGAGAUUCUUCUCAUCGAGUGUUCUCGGCUUUUUGUACGUCCCAGCUGACUGAACGUAAAAGAAGUACAAUGUUUUUGAAAAAC